UCAGGGUUCACCAACAGGAGUCUCCGGUGCCCUGAGAAGGGGGCGGGAUCAGGUGCCUUGACCCAGAGAAUGCCAACUUUGGUCUUAUCAGAGCGCACUACUUCUUGGAUUGACGCGGUUUGACGCCAUCACCACCAGCUGGAGUAAAGCUGGGCGCUUUUCUGGCAGCGACUCCGUAUCUCGUUAGCUCAGCGAGUGGUUCAGAGGCAGCCGCGGCCACAAACAGCAUAGCGAGGGGCUCCUCCGCGUCGAGGAUUGAACAGCCGGGCGGGGGCCGAGGAACGCUACCUACCCCAUGAGACAGCGGGGACCCUGCGCCCAGGCUCCCUCGAGGGCCCGGGCAGGGCGCGCACCAGGACCCAGGCGGGCGCGGGGAGACAGGCCUGGGCUCCGAGUCUCCCAGACUUUCUUCGUCGUAGUCGUCGUCGUCGGGGUCUUGCUGCGGGCUGUACCUGCCUCAGCUGAAACCAUCAAAGGUGAUGAUCAAUCACCUGCCUCACAGCAAUUGAAACAUAGCCCUCUGGGAGACGUGUGUCCACCAGAUUCUUAUCGAUCAGAACACAGUGGAGAUUGUAGUGAGUACGUAGCUGGUGGAGGCUACACCAAUGACACCAACAACUUGCCUUCUUGCUGCCUCCCAUGCAGAGUUUGUAAAUCAGAUGAAGUAGAGCGAAGUCCCUGCAACAGGACCAGGAACACAGUGUGUGAGUGCAACCCAGGCACCUUCCGGGAAGAAGAGUCCCCCGAGAUGUGUCGUAAAUGCAGCACACGGUGCCCCAGUGGGAUGGUUCCAGUCAGUAAGUGUACGCCAGAGAGUGACAUCAGAUGUGAAGAAAAAUCAGGCAAUGGACUUGUGUUGGUGAUUUCACUUAUAAUUGUUGCGAUUCUUCUGGUUGUGUUCAUAUCGAUUAUCUGUUGGUGGAUCUGCUCAGGUCGUGGAAGAGGCUUCAAGUGCAUGGACAGCAUCUGUUCCUUCGGCUGGUGUCCUCUACGAGGGCCUGAGGCUAAGGACAAUGACCACAACGAGAUUCUGAGCAAUGCAGACUCACUGUCCACUUUCGCUUCUGAGGAGCUAAUGGAAAGCCAGGAGCCAGCAGAUUUGACAGAUGUCAUUGUACAGACCCCCGGGGAGGCACAGUCUCUGCUGAGACCGGCAGAAGAUAAAGGGUCUCAGAGGACAAGGAUGCUGGUUCUACCAAAUGGUGCUGACCCUACUGAGACUCUGAGGCAGUGCUUCCACCACUUUACAGACAACGUGCCCUUUAACUCCUGGGAUCAGCUCAUGAGGGAGCUGGACCUCACGGAAAAUGAGAUCUGCGUGGCCAGAGCUGAGGCAGCAGGCCCAAGGGAUGCCUUGUAUGUAAUGCUGACGAAAUGGGUCAACAAAACUGGACGGAACGCCUCUAUCCACACCCUGCUGAAUGCCUUGGGGAUGCUGGGAGAGAGACAUGCAAAGGAGAGGAUUGAGGACCUCCUCGUGAACUCUGGAAAGUUCAUCUACCAGGAAGAUGGCACAGGUGCUGCCCAUGUCUCUGAAAAAGUCUCGUUUUACUAGAGGCUUCCUCUUAGGUGUUAAUACUUUUUAGGUUAUUUAAACGUUUAUUUAAAAUAAAUACUUAGCUGGGCGCAGUGGCUCACACGUGUAAUCACUUUAGGUGGAUCACUUUAGGUCAGGAAUUCAAGAUCAGCCUGGACAACAUGGUGAAACCCCCAUCUCUA